GUGACUGCGGUAAUAUGCCUCAACAAGGGAGAAGAAACGCCGACGGGCGACGACUGAAGAGUGAAGACUGUAAACAGUGUAAUGGUCGAUAGCCAAUUCCACCUGAGUAAAGAGGAAAGGUUAGAAAGAAAGGAAGCUGUAGCAAAUAAUGGGCGUGUCUCCAAAAUUAUACGUCAACAAACCUAAAAAAGCGCAACUGAAGCAACAACAGCCAUCUUCUCCACCACCGCCGGCGCCGCCGCCGUCUUCGUCGUCGUCGAUGGCGUCAUCAGCAUCUGCGCGCAGUGCGGCUCCACCACCUCAGCCGCCUAAGGAAUCUUUCGUCCGUCGUUACAAGUACCUCUGGCCUAUGCUAUUGGCUGUCAAUUUCUCUAUUGGAGCUUACCUUUUCAUGAGGACAAAGAAGAAAGAUGUGGGAACCGAGGAAGGAAAAAUGCCAUAUGUUCCUAGCGCUGCUUCAACAGCAGCUGCCACGGCAGUUAGUGAAAAAGAAAAUGAAGUCACUAAAGAAGUCGCUACUCCACCUCCUGUGCUGCCUGUGAUUGUACGUGAGCCAAUACCUGAGAAUCAACAGCGUGAACUAUUUAAGUGGAUGUUGGAAGAAAAGAGAAGAGUUGAGCCAAAAGAUCACGAGGAGAAAAGGCGAAUUGACGAGGAGAAAGCCGUUCUCAAGCACUUUAUUCGAGCCAAGUCCAUCCCAGUUUUGUAGUUUCCGACUCUUGACGAACUUCAGUACUCGUGGGCGUGGAUGAAAAACUUAAUAUUCAGGUUGGAUUUUCAUCUUUUUUUCAUUUUCUAAAUGUGAGAAGGUGCUGAAGUAAUGAAUUUGCUUGAACAAUGAAUCAAAAUGCCAGAUCUCUAUCUCGAAAUCUUUGGUUUUUCAACAGAAACUUUGUAAAUACAUUUGCAGGCUUCAACUAUGAAUUUUCACUGUUUAGAAGACA